GGACAGAGUUUAAACUUUAAAGCACGAGAGGCGAAAUCUCAAAAUUCAAAUUAUUUCACUCUAUCCCGCUCCUGCCCCCAUAAAAAUACAAACUGCAAUCCAACGCUAAGGAGACGAAGAAGACAGACACACAGAUCGAGGCUCAAACAUUCGAAUCCUAAGUACUAGGUUAAACCAUCACUAACAUAGGUUCUUUCAGCGACUCUCCCGCUUCUCGCCGCUUCAAAAUGUCUGGUCGCGACAAGGAAAAAGGCGUCAAUGUCCAAGUCCUCCUCCGCUGCAGGCCGUUUAGUGGAGAUGAGUUGAGGAAUCAUGCGCCUCAGGUAGUGACGUGUAACGAUUUUCAACGCGAGGUUGCGGUCUCGCAGAAUAUUGCGGGGAAGCAGAUUGAUAGGGUUUUUACUUUCGAUAAGGUCUUUGGUCCUACAGCUUGCCAAAGAGAUUUAUAUGAUCAAGCAGUUAUUCCCAUUGUAAACGAAGUCCUGGAGGGUUUUAACUGUACCAUUUUUGCAUAUGGCCAAACUGGUACUGGUAAAACUUACACCAUGGAAGGUGAAUGUAAAAGGUCAAAGAGUGGACCAAAUGGAGAGUUGCCUCCAGAAGCAGGUGUUAUUCCUAGAGCUGUACAGCAGAUAUUUGAUGCUUUAGAGGGUCAAAAUGCUGAAUAUAGUGUCAAAGUCACAUUUCUAGAGCUUUAUAAUGAAGAAAUCACUGACUUGCUAGCACCUGAAGAGCUAUCUAGAGUUCCUGUGGAUGAAAAACAAAAAAAGCAACUGCCACUUAUGGAAGAUGGUAAGGGGGGAGUGCUUGUUAGAGGAUUAGAGGAGGAAAUUGUUACAAGUGCAAGUGAAAUUUUUACUUUAUUGGAACGAGGAUCUGCCAAAAGGCGAACUGCGGAAACACUGUUAAACAAGCAAUCAAGUCGUUCACACUCCCUGUUUUCGAUAACUAUUCACAUCAAAGAAGCAACUCCAGAAGGUGAAGAGCUUAUUAAAUGUGGCAAGCUGAAUUUGGUUGAUCUGGCUGGUUCUGAAAAUAUCUCCCGUUCUGGUGCUAGGGAGGGGCGUGCUAGAGAAGCUGGUGAGAUUAACAAAAGUUUACUAACUUUAGGUAGAGUAAUCAAUGCUCUUGUGGAGCAUCUCGGGCACAUCCCUUACAGGGAUAGCAAACUCACUCGUUUGCUUCGUGACUCAUUGGGUGGAAAAACAAAGACAUGUAUUAUUGCCACUGUAUCACCUGCUGUGCAUUGUCUGGAAGAGACUUUGAGUACACUGGAUUAUGCCCACAGAGCAAAGAAUAUAAGGAAUAAGCCUGAGGUUAAUCAGAAAAUGAUGAAGUCAACCCUUAUUAAGGAUCUUUAUGGUGAAAUCGACCGACUUAAAGCUGAGGUAUAUGCUUCGCGUGAGAAGAAUGGUGUUUAUAUGCCUAAGGAGCGGUACUAUCAAGAGGAAAGCGAAAGAAAGGCAAUGGCAGAUCAGAUUGAGCAGAUGGGGGUUACAAUUGAAAACCAUCAAAAGCAAUUUGAAGAAUUAAGAGCUCAGUAUAAUGCUGAGGUCUUAAAGUGUUCGGAUUUGAGUGUCGAACUUGAUGCCACACAGAAAAAUUUGGAUCAAACCAGUAAAUUGUUGGCUAAUACUGAAGAUGAAGUCAGAAGAUGUCAAUAUGCUAUGAGGGAACGAGAUUUCAUUAUAUCUGAACAGAAGAAAGCUGAAAAUGCUCUGGCUCACCAAGCUUGUGUGUUGAGGGCGGAUUUGGAGAAGUCCCUAAAAGAUAAUGCAUCCUUAUUUUCAAAAAUUGGUAGAGAGGAUAAACUGAACGCUGAUAACAGAUCAGUUGUGGACAAAUAUCAAGCGGAGCUGACAAAAGAAAUCCAUAACCUCUGCAACACAGUGGCCACAUCAAUAACUCAGCAAAAUGAACAUCUUCAGUGCAUUGAGAAAUUUUGUAAUUCUUUUUCGGACGUAAAUGUCAAGGCUGUCAUGGAUGUAAAGAAGAAAGUUAAUGCUUCCCAGUCACUCUAUAUUUCCCACAUCGAGGCAAUGCAGAAUGUUGUGAGACUGCACAAAGCUUGUUCGAAUGCUGGUCUGGAGGAGAUUUCAACUGUUGUCGCUGCUAAUGUUCAAUCUGUUGAAGAAUUUUUAGGAGCUGAAUCGGUUGAAGCAAAUGCAAUAUUUGAUGAACUUCACAAAAGUUUGUCAAUCCAACAAGGGGAGCUAGCCAUUUUUGCUAGUGAGCUUCGUCAGAAAUUUGCUGCAAGUAUUGAUCUUUCGACAAAUAUAUCAAAAUAUAUUCACGACUUUCUAGACAAUCUUAUUAAAGAAGCAAAACAGCUUGAAAUUCAUGCAAGUGACAAUGCUGAAGUCCAGACGAGGAACAUAACUGACUUCCAAAAAGCCUAUGAGGAGCAAUCAAAAUCUGAUGCGGAAAAGCUUAUUGCUGACAUGACUAAUUUGGUUUCCAGUCACAUAUGUCGUCAAAAGGAGCUGGUGAAUGCCAAGCUUGUUGGUUUGAAAGAAACUGUUGUCGGGAACAAGAACUUUUUAGAUAGGCAUGUUUCGUCCAUGGAUGGUAUUACAACCGAUGCCAAAAGAAAAUGGCAAGAAUUUUCUGUACAAGCAGGGAAUGACGUGAAAAACUGUUCCGAUUUUUCUGCUGCCAAACAUUGCCGUAUGGAGUUGUUGCUACAAGAAUGUGUUGAUACUAAUGAAAAAGCCGCCAAGCAUUGGAAAAAGACGCACGAAUCCAUGAAUGAAAUGGGCAACCAGCAUGCAUCUACAUUAUCAUCGCAUGUCAGGAAUGUUUUAGCUGGUAAUGAACAGCAUGAUGCUGAAAUUGCAUCUGCGACGGGUGCAGCGGAAGAUGAUGUGGCUAAAUUCAGUGAAGACCUCAUUCAUCACAUAAAUAGUGUGUCAGAACAAGAACUAGGAUCAAUAUCUGGAAUAUUAUCAGCUGCAAAAGCUCACACAAAAACAAUUGAGGUUCUUUGGGAUAAUCAUUCUGCUCAAAGUUUAGCAAUAGAACAGAAAGCUGUUGAUACUUUCCAGAAGAAGUUUAUGGACUAUGAACCAACUGGAAGUACACCAAUCAGAUGCGAGCCUGAGAUCCCUAGCAACGGAACUAUAGAAUCACUUCGUGCUAUGCCAAUGGACACUCUUGUGGAGGAAUUUCGAGAAAACCAUUCUUCCGAGUUGCAUGAUGUUAAAGAAUCAAAGGUAUCUCAAAUUCCACGUCCACCUCUUACUCAGAUCAACCAAGUGUAGUACAGUUUCAUGUCCAUUGCCAAAAAAUGCUUCAAAUAUCGUGUGUAUCUGUAGUUCUCAUGUAUACUGUUGCUAUUCAAUUUUGAGAAAUACAAGAGUGGACACAGAACCAAUGCCUGUAAUAUUUUUCCUAGUAAAAGGUUAUGUAAAUCCCUCCUCGGGAUUCCUUGGUGUAGAUUAUUAAAGUUUGUAAAAAUAAGGGAGAGCUCUGCAUAAGAUUUUAUAUUUUGCAAGGCAAGCGCUAUUGCGAUGCUUGUUUUGGUGGUUCCUAUUGGCACCUACCAACUCUGAUCUA